UGUCCCGAAUAUGCGCACUAACACACAGUUCGAUAAGGGUCUUCACAAAGGAAUGUGCAAUUUCCUUCUCAGGCAGUGAGAGAGCAUGGAGACAACAAUCUUUUUGGCUUUGCUUGCGGGAGUGGUUCACUUGGCCAGUGGAGCUUCAUACGCCUGCCCAAGGUGCCCCAUGGAAUGCCCACCGCUUGACCCCGCCUCCUGCCCUUUUGGCAUAGUAAGCGACACGUGCGACUGCUGCAGUGUGUGUGGGAAGGGACCUGGUGAGAUCUGCAGUGAUGUAGAAUGGAAAUGCGGAAACGGCUUAUUUUGUUUACAAGGUGAAAACGCUCCUUGUUGCUAUGGUCAUUGUGUCGAAAAGGAAGAAAUGACGAUGCAUUAAAACAUGGUCUGAAAACACAUAUAUCUUUAAAGAUCAGAAUAAAUACAUCUAUGCAA